AUGCGCGCUCUCCGCAACGGGGCGCGACGAGAACGGCCCCUUUUUCUCAUCCGCCAGACGCGGCGACUCCACUGUGUCUUCGCCUCGAAGCAACCUCCCAGCGCAGGAGAGAGAGACAGCCGCUCCACGACAAACGUCUCCACCCUCGCCGGCCUGGCUCCUUCGGGGACGGUCGUGCGCGAAGUCUUCCCUGUCCACGCCCGGGACUUGCCAGGUCUAACACGGGACUCCACGGUGAUCGGAGCCGCCAGACGCGGAGGAGGCCGUUUCUUCUCCCUCCAGUUUCCGGCCUCCGCGUAUGGCCCCUCUGAGACCGAGGCGCCAGGCGACUGCGAGACAGGCGACCAGGCGCUGGAGUCUCUCUUUCUCUCUCAGGCGAGGCGAGAAGCCUGCAGGAGGCAUCCCACCUCCGACUUCUCGCCGUCGGAAGAAGCGAAGCCCAAGCGAAGCCAGGCGCUGCCGAAAGACCCGAGAGGGCCCCUCGGCGCCGGCGAGGCUUCCGAGGGACAGCGACGCCUGCCGCCGCGUGCCGCGAACGCGUCGGAGAGUGGGGAGCGCCGAGGCGCAAGCCUCAACCGACCUGAGGAGGGAUGGCUGUCUGGACCUGUUAUUUUCUUCGAGAAACUGUCCUUCUUCAUCCCGGUUGCCUCCCAAGUCCACGGCCAGGCGGCGCCGCGCUACCUCGUCGCCCUGAGAGCGAAGCUUCGAGGCGCGCGGAGCCGGGGGACGCUCGGGCAAAGACAGCAACAGAAAGAAGACGCAGAAAACAGAGGAAACGGAGAAAGGGGAGAAAGAGGGACACGAGGGAAAAGAGAGGAAGGGGAGGAAAGGGAGGAAGAAGAGGAGGCAGAAGAGUACGUGGUUGAGGGGAGAUGCAGACUCUUUGCAGCAGGGAUGGCGUGGCGAGACCUCCCCGACACCGUUCGCCUGACUCUCAAAGACUGUGGCAACAGAACGCAGUCGAGAGAAGAGGACUGGGCGAUCACGACCCUCGACAUCAGCACGAUCAUGGAAAGAGAGCGGAACAAGAAACGCGGAGACAGCGGCUUCGAAAUUCGGUGUGUCUUGAACGCCCGACAGGCGUCCGGAACCGGAGACGAAGAGACACAGAGAAAAGCGAAUCUGUGGACCGGAGAAGAAGACGAAGAAGAAAUCCCCCAGAUCCUUCCCUCAAACAUCCUCACUGUCGUUGUGGGCGGUCGCCAGUGCCCCGCUGGAAUGCAGGAGGAGGAGCGAGGGACGGGGGCGUGUGUCCCCUGCGAUCGCCGCAAGGGCUGCGACUCUUCUGCAAAGAGACGCAGUUUUGGAGACGCGCGAGCAUUCCCCGAGUCAGAGGCUGCGGAGUUCACUCGACUGGCGAAGGCGGCCAUGGACGAUAGGGCAGUGCCUGGAACCCUGUGGGGCGACCCCUACCCGCUGCGAGGUCCGCACUGCGCCGUGGGGAUGUACAUGGCGGGAUACUCGUUUUCGACUCUGUGCUACAUUCACUGCAAACCGUUGUACCGGCGCGGCGACAAGACGGCGCCGUACAUGCAGUUUCCGGGACUGUUUCUCGUGGAGAAGGAGAAGGAGAACGACUACAACACGUUUCCGGACUUGGUGCAAACGGACGCGUUCCGCUGCGGCGAAGGCUCCUUCACGUGGCCCUCGCUGUCUGCCUGUUUCCCCGCGCUCCAGGGGUUCGGCGUCCUGGCGACUCAGCGGUUCGACAGCUCGAGCGAGAUGCCGGCUCUGGCCUACUACCGGCGGAUGUUCGAAUACGGGUACACGGACUGCUACGCUGGGUGGAACAACACGUACCCUGGCGAUUCGUCGAACGAAUGCAAGGCCUUCUCGCAGUAUCUGGGCAUCGUCCAGCUGGUCGGCACCUGGUCCCAGCCGUUCGACUACGCUUGCGCGGAAGGCUCGAUUUCCCGCAAGGACUUUUUCAGCUCGCCCCGGUGCUAUCCCGUCCCGAUGAACCGCGCGGCCGCCGGGGCGACGAACCCGACGGUCACGGGCGCACUCGUGUGCACAGCCGACGGCCUCUUCCGGCCCCCAGGCAUGAAGGGGAAGGACUGUCUCUCCUUCGUCGGCGGCGCCUACGCAGCCAGCACUGGGACACACAUGUAUCUGCGCGACUUGCCGGGGCAACCCUUCCAUCGCGGAGCGUCCGCAAAGGCCCCUGCACGACUGUGCGACACGUACCAGAUCGAGUGCUCGCCCCACGGAGACUUCCCCGCCCUGGACUUUUACGUCAACCUUUUCCCCAAGGCACCGACCGCGGCCGCCGCCGGCUUCUUUCAGCCCCACGGCGUCGACCGAGACACCGCGGCGCAGCCCCCGUGCCCGUACGGGUUCAAGUGCGCUCUGGCCCAGAUGCAGGCCUCGCACCCGCGGCUGCCUUCGCCCUUCUCCCUCAGCGCGAGUGGCGUCAUUCGCAGUCGACGCGGGAUGAGCGGGAGAGAGGUAGGCCGGGGACCCGGAAAGAGAACGCGGAUCGGGGAGAAGCGUCUUUCGCGCGUCGACAGCGGAGGGUCGGGAGAACUUCCGCUUGGGGCCGGAGUCAACUUGGGAAAUGCCGACACACUGACGGACGUGUGGAUCUACAUGCCUGGCGCGAACGCGCCGGAGUAUUGCUGCCAUGGAUGUCAGUGCAGCACGACGGGUGACAGCGUUCGCCUCUCCGCAGUGCCUGCCGGGAGCUUUCGAGGGCGGCGCAUGGCGAGCGGAGACAUGGGGACCUAUCACCUCUGCUCGCCAGGUCACGCCUGCCCGCCUGCCGCCGUCUUUGAGACGCCGUGCCGAGCCGGGACGUAUCAGGGCGCUUCGGGCCGGGACGCAUGCAGUCCGGUCGCGCCCGGGGCUGCGGGAACUGGCCUCGGAGCGGUGCGGCCAGUCCCCUGUCCUCCGGGACACUUUUGCUUGCAAGAAACCCCGACGCCGUUCGCGAAUCCGUGUCCAGAGGGAACCUUCAGCGAGCAGGCAGGCGGCAACUCGAAGGGGACUUGCUUGCCUUGCCCCGCAGGACACACGUGCGCCAAGGGGACGGGAGGUCGCGCUCGCCCGGGACUCUGUCCCGUCGGGCACUACUGCGACAGCGGGAAGAGACCGGUGCCGUGUCCGGCGGGGACGCAUGCGCCCUACGCGGUUCCUUCGCCCCACAUGACAGACGUGACCAAGUGCGUGCCGUGCCCGGAAAGCGUCGACUGUCCCAAGGGUAGCAGUCUCCACACCCUGCAGAUCAACGGCGUGUGCCCCGCAGGCGCCUACUGCCCAGGGGGGAACGCGGCGAAGGCGCAAAAGUGCCCUAUCGGCAUGUACGGCGUGGAGCCUGGUGCCGUGGAGCCUGCAGACUGUUUGUACUGCCCAGCAGGCCGUUUCUGUGAAGUGACUCCGCCAGGCGACGCCGACUUUCCUGUCACGGCUGAGCCUUGUCCACCAAACUCGUUCAGCAUAAACACAGGAGUUGCAGGCAAUUCCAGUCGAAUCUUCGCAAGCGAGUGGGAGCGCGAAGCGGGUGUCCAGAUGGUCUUCACGACGAACGGCGGCGGUCUCUGUCGCACCGAAACUGCGGAUUUCUCGCGUUUCACAAAUGUUCGACAAGAGGACGGCCGGGGUCUGCCUUCGGACGCGCUCGCGUCCCUCGUGGAAGGAGACAACCUGUUUUGGAUUGUGACCAAGGAGGGACAGGGCUUCGUCUCCGUCGACAAUUUGUACAGUUUCAACGUCUUCAAUCUCCCUCGAGACGCAACGCUGCUGGGCUUCGCCAACAGGCGGCUAUGGGCGGGUCAGGCUCCCACAGGCCGCCUCCGUUUUUGUCUCCUCUCGCUCGUGCCCCGUCUGGCUCUGCGCCGGUUCAGUCCGAGUCCUGUUCUGACAUUCCCGGCGGCCCUGUGUCUCCUUCCCGGCCGUUCCCGCGCAGGUCACGCGUCCUCCGGAGGCCUUCUGGUGUCUCGGGAUCGCGGCUGGUCAUUCACGCGAGUGAGCGCCGCGUCGGUCGCCUCCGCGAAGGUUCUGGCCGGGGAUCCUCUCUCUGGGUACCUGUGCGUCGGAGACGCUUCCCGCGUGCACUGCUCGCGAGACAAUUUCGAGACGGUGGCGGAGACGAGCGCCGUCGGCGACGCAGUGCAUGCACUCCUGGUGCUCCAGGACGACGUGGUUCUCGCAGCUGCAGGGCCAAGUCUCUUUCAGAGUCGGGACGGCGGCCGGAGGUUUCGCCGCGUGUCAGCCGUCGGCGACGUGGUGCGCCUGGUGCGCCACGGGGCCGACGUGUACGCGGCGUGGACAGGGGGGGUUCUCAAAUCGACAGAUCGCGGCGCGGCCUUUGCGGCGUGGGCGACGGUGCCCGCCGCCGCUCUGCCGAUCGCCGACUUUGGGCUGCUGGGCGGCGUCUUCGUUCUCCGGAGCCGAGGCGGAGCGCUGUGGACAAGCACAACGGGCCAAGACUGGGCGGAGACCCAGCGCCCCGCAGACAGUCCCUGCGGGCAAUUCCCCAUCACCAGCGCCUUCUUCGCCGACUACAAACUCCCGCGCGCCGUCGAAGGAACCUCGGGGCAGUGCAUUGCGGGAAAUCUCUCGCAGGCGAAGGAGGCGAUCACUAGCAAACCGGGAGAGAUGAUUGUCGGCGGCAAAGUGGAGCCGUGCAAAGCAGGCUACUACUGUCCUUCGACGUGCGACGAAGCGAACCAAGUUGUGUUGCCGUGCCCCGCGGGGACGUGGUGCGCGUCUGGCGUGGAUCGACAGCCGAGCUUCGGGUCACAUCCGUGUCCCCGGGGCCACUACUGUCCCAAAGCGACGCCAGACCCAGUCAAGUGCCCAGCGGGGACUUACAACCCGCAACUGCAUCAGGAGACAGUCGAUGCGUGCCGUCCUUCUCCGGCUGGGUUUUCCAUCGCUGAGCUCGGAGCAGCGGAGCCGUCGCAGCAGUGCCCGCCCGGGCGCUACUGCCCAGAGGGAACCAAAGACGGAGGAGCCGUUUGCCCUCCUGGGACUUCCAGGAGGCUGCCAGGCGGUGCCGACGUCUCCGAUUGUUUCCCUUGUCCUGCGGGCUACUUUUGCCCCAACGAUCUGUCCCAAGGCAACUCGCUGGAGCCGCAGCCAUGCCCCACGGGGCACUAUUGCCCGCAGGGCGCGGCGGCAGCCACGAAGUGUCCCCCUGGGACGAUGAACUUGAGCGAGCGAGUGACGUCGAUGCAGGAAUGCGAUUUGUGCCCGAGAGGCAGUUACUGCACGGGAACAAGCGCCCUUUCAGUGACAGGCGAAUGCGACGCCGGCUUUCUCUGCAUCAGCGGGGCAACUAACCCGCGCCCGACGGACGGCGUCACGGGUUCGCCGUGCCCCGCGGGCGGCUAUUGCCCGGCCGGUGCUCUCAUCGUCCAACCCUGCUCGGCGGGGAAGUACAACCCGACCGAGGGCGCGGCAAGCGAAGACGCUUGCGAGGUUUGCCCGCCGGGAUCUUACUGUCUAGGCAGCGGCUCCAGUUCGCCAGACGGGAAGUGUAGCCCCGGGCAUUUUUGCCCCCAGGGAUCGUCCCGAGCAACAGAAAACAAAGCAGCCAAGGGAUACUUCGCCGAAGCAGGGGCUUCCAAGCAGACGCCGUGUGCCCGCGGCUCCUUCGCACCCGACCCGGGCAUGCACCAAUGCCUCGCUUGUCCUGCAGGGACGUAUUGCCCUUCAGAAGGCAUGCAUGCCCCUCUGCAGUGUCCGCAAGGCUCUUACUGCCUCGAGGGAGUUCCCGUGGCUCUCGGCUGCGCGGCGGGGACCUACGGAGACCGGGCUGGCCUGCGGGAUUGGGACGAAUGCAAAAUGUGUCCCCCCGGGAGCUUCUGUGGUUCGGAAGGUCUUUCGCAGCCGAGCGGACAAUGCCGCGCAGGCUACUUUUGUGUCCACGCGGCUACUUCGGCGACACCCGAGGUUGUCUCGACGGGCAAGAGCCUCGUGGGGGAAGUGAGCGGCCCCUGCCCAGCCGGCAGCUUCUGCCCCGAAGGCUCUGUGACGCCAACGCCGUGCCCAAAGGGAACCUUCAGCCCCGCCGCGAAAGCGGAGUCUGAUGCCACGUGUCAGCAGUGCACUGCUGGCUUCUACUGCGAUCGCCCGGGUAUCAGCGCCCCGACUGGCCCCUGCCCCGAAGGGUACUUUUGCCCCGUCGGGACGGCGGUCGCCAGAGCGCCCGGCCGACUCUGCCUGAAGGGCUUUUUCUGCCCCGAACAGGCUUCCGCCGCUCGCCCCUGUCCGCCUGGGACCUUCGCAGAACUCGCGGGAGCAGCCGCGUGCGCGCCGUGCCCCGGUGGAUUCUUGUGUGCGGAGCAAGCUGAGGAGUUCUCGGCGACCUGCGUCGCUGGGCACUAUUGCCCCACAGGAGUGAACGCUGCGGUGGAGUGCCCGGCUGGAACUGUGGGGUCGGGGACACAAGGCCCCCAUGUCUCAGCGUGCCUCGAGUGUCCUCCCGGCUCGUACUGUGAAGCCUCCGGCCUAGCUGCGCCGACGAACGCGUGCCCCGAAGGCACAUACUGCCCAGGCGGGGUUGUCUCCGAGAGCGACGCGACUGCCUGUCCAGAAGGCUUCUACUGUCCUGCCGGCAGCGCCGUCCCUUUCGCGUGUAAACAAGGCCAGUACUGCGAAGGCCCGAGCCUCGCGCAGCCCACAGGGGGAUGCAAACCCGCAACGUAUUGCCCGGUCGGGACGACCGCGGCGGCAGGCGUCGCGUGCCCCAGAGGCAGCUACUGUCCGGGGGACACGGACCCUCUUCCCUGUCCCCCGGGGACGUACGGCGACGCAGAAAGUCUCAGCGCCGAGGACCAGUGCACACCCUGUCCCGCUGGAUCAUACUGCUCGUCGCCAGGACUUGUGGAGCCCAGCGGGCUUUGCGCCGGGGGGUACUUUUGCGCAGAAGGGACAGCUGACGCGCGCCCCGCUAACGGACUCUGUCCCCCCGGGCACAAGUGUCCCCCGGGUGCGGAAGGCCCCCAGGCGUGCCCGAUCAACGCGUGGCAGCCGCUGCACGGGCAAACCGAAUGUCAGCCGUGCCCGGCAGGAUUUCUCUGCGAAAAUCACGGGGCGCGGCCGUGUGACGAGGGCAGCUACUGCGACGGGGUGGACGGGACGAAGAAAGACUGUCCAGUCGGCACGUACCAGCCGUUGCCUGGGCAGACCUCGGAGGCGAGCUGUCUUCCCUGCAAGCCUGGAUAUGUCUGCGACACGUCGCCGCUGGAGCGCCCCACAAAAAAGUGCCCCGGAGGCUCGUACUGCGGCGGCGCGUCGCAGAAGAAGUGCCCAGCAGGUUUCUACUGCCCCGAAGGAACCGAGCGACCGUUCGCCUGCUCGCCUGGGCACUACUGCGAAGGCGACGGUCUCGAGCGCCCCACAGGCCGCUGCGCCGCGGGGCACUACUGCGCGCGAGGAGCGACGGAGCGGCGUCCAACGGGCGCUCUCGACAUCGAGUACUGUUUCACCGCUCUAACUUCCGGGGACUGCCCAGCUGGCUACUACUGUCCGGAAGGCGUCGCCUUCCCUGUCAGAUGUCCACCGGGUACCUUUUCGAACGCGCCUGGCCGAGGCGCGCUUUCCGACUGCCAGUCGUGCACGGCGGGAUCCUACUGCGGGGGCUUCGCUCUCACGGCGGUCACUGGGCCGUGCCUAGCUGGCUUCUACUGCCCUGGCGGCCAGCGAACGCCCUAUGAGCUCCCCUGUCCUAAAGGCAGCAUGUGUCCAGCAGGCUCCGCAGAUGCAACCGAGUGCCCCGAAGGACAGUACCAACCCGCAGAAGGCAAAUCCAAAUGCCUCCCUUGCAUUGAAGGUUUCAGGUGCCCUCGAGGCAGCUACGAAGUCCAGUCUUGUGCCGCUGGCCAUUUCUGCGCCGACGGCGUCACCGUCAAGUGCCCCGUCGGCACGCACAGCGCCUCGACGGGAAUUUGGAAAUCCUCUCAGUGCCGGCCCUGUCCCCCAGGGAAAGUAUGCUCCGCGGACGGGGCUGCGAACGCCGACGCCGCCACGGACUGCCCCGCGGGACACUACUGCCGCCUGGGCGCCUCGACAACCCCCGCCCAAGACCCCACAACCUGCGGGCGAGAUCCCACGUCCUGUCUUCCCGGGGCCAAGUGCCCGGCAGGGUACUACUGCCCCGCCGGGAGUGCGGGGCCGAUCCCCUGUCCCCAAGGGACCACGGGAUCGCCAGAGGGUUCCACGUCCAAGACGCAGUGCAUGAAGUGUCCCGCAGGCCGCUACUGCAGCGGUGGUGGUGCCUCGGGAGAGUGCGACGCCGGGUUCUUCUGCGUCGCGGGGAGCACGGCGGCGAGGCCGCGUAACGGCCUGUGCCCCGUGGGAAAGUACUGCGCCCGCGGCUCCGCGGCUGGAACCGACUGUUCGCCGGGGACCUACGCCGACGUCGAGGGCCUCGCGGAGUGCCGCCAGUGCCCCGCUGGCUUCGUGUGCUCGGGGACAGGCCUGGCCUCGGGGACAGGCGAGCCGUGCCCCGCGGGUCACUUUUGCGUGGAGGGGACACACACUCCCGCCAAGUGCCCCGUGGGAACCUUCUCGGCCUCGACGCACGCGACAGACGCGUCUUGGUGCCAGCUUUGUCCGCCGGGUCACUUUUGCGACACUGAGGGGCUCCGAGCUCCUGCCGGCGACUGCCAAGCUGGGUAUUUUUGUCUCCAAGGCGCGAGCCAGGCGGACCCGCCGACGCCAGACCCCCCGGGGGCGAAUGGGGAGUGCCCCGUCGGGUUCUACUGCCCCGCGCGCUCCUCGGCGCCCAAGGCGUGCCCGCCGGGAACCUUCAGCGCGACGCCAAAGGCCACGCGGGCCGAGGACUGUCAGGAGUGUCCAGAGGGUCAGUUCUGCGGGGUGUAUGCGUUGCCGGCCCCGGAGGGCAUCUGCGACGACGGGUUCUUCUGCGGGGCUGGGCAGAUCUCUCGCCGACCCCUCGGGACAGGGACAGCUGGCCUCUGUCCGGCUGGCCACGCCUGCAGCGGCGGGGCGAAGGCCCCGUGUCCAGAGCACUCCUACAUGGACGAGCAGGGGGCGGCGCUCUGCAAGAGUUGCCCCGCGGGGCACUUUUGCGAGGCGCAAGCGCGCGCCCCGCACAGAUGCCCCGCGACCUUCUUCUGCGAGACGGGGAAGGGGAAGAAGACGUGUCCAGACGGGACGUACUCCGAUGCGACGGGUCUCGCGGCUUCGUCCGACUGUCUCGAGUGCCCCACCACGAAGUUCUGUGCUCACGGAAAGAUCCAGGCUUCCUGUAGCGCAGGCUUCAUCUGCGUGCUCGGGGUGGGACCGACGGGCGCGCCGGCAGGCGCCUCAUCCGACGGCGCUCCGCCCCAUCACGCCGUGCAGCUCGGCGAACCUUGUCCCCGCGGGGCCUACUGCCCCGCGGGGACCGACGCGCCCCUCCGGUGCCCUCCAGGGACCACCACGGCCUCCACGGGCGCCGCCUCCGUCGCGGACUGCGUCGGGUGCAAAGCGGGCUUUUACUGCGCGACGGUCAACACUGCGGCGACGGCGUGUCCUCGAGGCUACUACUGUCCGGCGGAGUCCCGUGAGCCGCGCCCGUGUCCCGAAGGCACGUACAACCCCAACGCCUACGCCGAGUCCGUGGCCAGCUGCAUGCAGUGCGACGCCGGAUUCCUCUGCCCCGAAGGCAGCGACAAGCAACGAACCGCCUGUCCCCUCGGGUUCUACUGCGAAGGCGGCAGUGCCCCCAAGGUGGCCUGCCCGGAAGGGACUUACGGGAAAACCACGGGAACGUCGAAGGAGGAGGACGCCUGUGGAACGUGUCCGGCCGGUUAUUACUGUCCGGGCGCGGACCACCCGUACGAGCCGUGCCCCGCAGGAAAAUUCUGCACUUCGAAUUCGCCCGCGCCCUUGGCCUGCACUCCCGGUUUCUACUGUCCCGGGGCCACCAGCGCGCCGGUCGUCUGUCCCCUAGGUUUCUACUGUCCUCCGGAGACUGCUCUUCCCCUCGAGUGCCCCGAUGGGUCUCUCUGCCCCCGAGGCGCUGCGCAGCCUCAGGCCUGUCCGGCGGGGACGCGCUCUCGGGGCCCUCAGGCGUGCGCGGCAAUCCCCACAGUCGACGGCUGCUGCGAAGCUUGUCCCGCGGGAACCUUUUCUUCCGGGGCAGGCUCGGUCGAGUGCCAGCCGUGUGCCGCGGGGUUCGUCUGCACGGGCGGGGCUGCGACGCCCGAGCCGACGGACCGGGUGCACGGCUACAUCUGUCCCCGCGGGGCGUUCUGCCCCGCGGGGGCUCUCGCCCCAGUCCCCUGUCCCGCGGGACGCUUCAACGCAGAGGAAGGCGCCGAAGACGCACAGACGGGCUGCCUGCCCUGCCCCGCGGGAACCUUCUCCGACGCGCUUGGCGCGACCGCGUGCUCGACCUGCGGGGGUACGUCCACCUCGCUGGAGGGUCAGCAGACGUGCGAGUGCGUCGGCGUCGGCCGCACCUUCCAGAAGGAAGACGGCACCUGCGUGUGUCGGAACUUUUACGAGUUUUACAGCUCCACGCGACUCGCGCCGGGCGACGAGAGCGCGGACUCGGCGCUGGACUGCCAACCUGUCGCGCAGCCCAGAUGCGAAAGCGCCUCCAGCGCGAAGAACCCGCGACUCGCCAGAGACGCCGGGAGUCGCCUCCUGCGAGCUGCGGACGGCGCGUGUGUCGCGCCCGAGACGAUCUGCGAGACUCAGUGCGGCGACGUGGGCGGCAUCUUCUUGGCCCACGUGGGCAUGUGUCAGUGCCUCUCUGUGCGGGACGCGGGACAGAAACCGUGCGACCGGGCAUGCAGGAGUCGAGUGGCGACGUUGGUGCUCGAAGGGGACGCCUUUGCGUGCAAGCUCCCUGCCUCAGAAGCGACGCAAAAGAAAUCCGUGCAGUCGCUGAUUGACAACAGCCUGUUGAAGGGGUCAGUUGCAUGCGGCAGCGACAUGGAGACGCUGGAUGGGCAGCCGCACGUCUGUCGCACGUCGUUUUACCUGCUCAAUUCGACAGGCGUGUUCGGGACUGUCGGAGUUCCGGCAGGUUUCCAGAAGCUUUUGGCGACAGAUCCGCAGGGCUCUGCGUCGGAGGGAACGUCGGACUCGCGAGCCGGCGUGGCGCAUGCAGACGCCGCGGCUCCAAACGACGCCGCUGGACCCAAAGCGCGGUGUCCUGCCCCCGCUCCCGGCGCGUCUCCCCUUGUGGACCGCCGGAGAAACGCCUGCGCGGCGGAGACGCUGCCAGCGUCGUCGGAGCUGGAAACUGAGCUGUAUGGUCAGGACAGCAGCAACGAAAUGGCCGUGAUUCGCAACCCCACACAGUGUCUCCAAAAAGGAGACACCAUCAUUUGGAUGAUUGCUGGGGCGUUUCCCGUCUAUCUCCGCAAUUCGCUUCUCAACACAGCGGCCGGCUUCGACGCGAGUCCGUAUCUGAAUGUGCAAGGCGACCUCGCGUACGAGGGAACCGACGCAAAGCCGCCUGUAACGUAUUUUGCAUUUUCCUUCACCGUUCCCGGACAGUAUGUGUUUGCGACAAACGUGAGCGACGCCCACCAAGCGAUCUUUCGCGUCCUCGACGAGGGUGUCUCCUGCGACGAAGAUGCAAGGUUUCCCCUCCCCACCGAGUUCUCCUCCCUGGCUGCGGCGGGAGUCCAGAUGCGCGCCGACGUUCUCCUCGAGCCCGAGUUGGCGACUGUAGAACUGCUCUUUCUCGGCGCUCUGGGAAUUCUGUGGGCGUUCGUGCUCAUCGUGUCUUGGCUGCGGAAGCAGCGGUUCCAGAAGGAGCAAGCGACCGGGGUCUCCGAGAACCGUCGAGCCCGCAGCCCCGCCCACGCGUUCGGCGUGCAUGCGGUCGCGCACCAGACGCGAACGGAAAUCGAAAAUUUACUCAGUCACGUCAUCGAGUCUGGAAAGGACGUCGACGCUCUCGCGAGGGUCACGCGCCUCUCUCCGGAGGAACUGGAAGGUUUCUUGGCCGCCUACCAGGCACCAGGCGAAGCGUCAAACGCUCCCACGAACCCCGUCGAUCUGCGGAGGUUCGAGGCAGCCUACACCCAACUCGCCCGCGCACACGUCACUCUCGGAAAGUACUUCCGACAGAGGAAGUGGGACGCGGCCCAGCUCGGCGUCGAGCAGCUGAAGACACUCGACGGCCUCCAAAACUUCGUCGCGCCAAUCAUCCGGAAAGUCGACUGGAAACUCGACGAGAGCAGCGCGCUUCAGAAGACGAUCUUGGCGAUGACGAAGGCCUGCGAGAGACUGGUGGACGAGUUACGAGCGCCUCACGCCUUCUUCGGUGCUGGGUCUCUGGACGAGUCUUCCGCCGCGUCGCCUCGUCUUGAGCGGUUCAGUCUCCCUGCAGUUUCGUCUUCUCUGGAGAAAGGUGGAAAGAAGGCAGUGCUCUUGACUCUGGCGGAAGAGGUGUCCACUGUGGUGUGCAUGACCCGUGGCGAGAGCCAGGCGCUGCCCGUUUUGGCGCAGUAUUUGGACGUCUUGCGUGAGGGCCUUGACGACCAGGACGCGACCCCGUUCGCCUCGUCUGCGCUUUCGAGCUUCGUCCAGAGCUCGGCGGGCAGCCUGGAAGGAGCUCUGGAGAAGGUUCUGCAACACCAAGAGCGCGGCAUGGGUCUCGAAGACCAGCUCGCCCACAGGCCGUUCGCCGACGCCGUCGGCCGUGCACGCGUUUCCGACAGGUGUGAGCGCGAACUCGUCACCCGUCUCCUGGACGCUGUCGAAGAUCUUCUCGCAAGUGCAGUGCAGCAGCUGACUGCGCCGGACGAACCGCGGGGAACGCAGCGCGUCUCGUGCGUCCGGGAACGCGAAGGCGGCGACGGACGAGACUCCGCAGAGCGCGUGCUCGCGGGGGCGGAGCGCCCGGGUGAAGACGAGGGAGCGCCAGAAGAGGCAGGAAACGGCGGCGGAGAGAAGAAGCGCGAAAAGAAAACAAGGCUGGUCCCUGGAGCUGGCGGCGGAAGUGCACGCACCUCGGCCGACCCCGUGGCUGCCCUACAGGAUGCAAUUCAGACUCUCUGUAACCGGCAUUUCGACGAACUUAGUCGAACGCUGUCGGCGCAUCAACAAGCCUACUCAGCUGCGUUGGACAAGCGGGAGUCGGCGAAAAUGCACCAGACUGAAGAACGACAGAAUAUUGAGAAGUUGCUCCUCUCCCAGUUCCUUCAGUUCUUCAAGGCGACCGAGACGCAGAGAAUCGCGCAGUUCUACGAGCGCCUGGAAACCUCUCGCAUUUCCAAGCUGCGAGAAGGUCUGAGGGAGGAGCUGUACGAACUGGAGCGGUCGCGAAGGAGAGAAGAUUGGGCGCCCUCGGACUUCGAGGAAAAGAAGAAGAAGGCCUUGCAGCGGUUCGAGGCGCGCGUCAAAGCAGGAACGGAGGAACUCAAGAGGGACAAAGACAGUCUACUUGUGGCUACACUGGACGCGAUCGACAGCCAGCAGGAAAAGCGAAACGCGGCUCUUGAAGCCCUGCAUGCAGCGGAAAUCGCUUUGGUCAAGGCGAAGGCCGCGAACGCGAGAGAGCUCGCAGACAAAAUAUUUGAGCAGCAGGAGGAGAGAGUCCAAAAAGACCUUGAAGGACGUCGAGCGAGGUUUCUGCUCGUCGCCCAAAACAUCGGCCGCCUCCAUGACAGGAUUGUCGGAGGGGAAGUCGUCCCAACAGCGCAUCUGGCUGACUCUAUAGAAGAUGCUUCGGGAGCGCUGGAAGACCUGCGUCGCGGCCAAGACAACGAGCGACGCGCGUGGCUUUCUGCGCAGCGCGACACGCGAGACGCGAUUUUGAAGAGGCGAAAAGAAGCCAUCCAGGCCAAGGCCACAGACCUGAAGAGCGUCACGCGGCAGUACACAGUGCAGGAAACCGGCUUAUAUGCGGAGCUCUUCAGCCAAGAAGAAGACGCGCUGCUGCCCUACGGGGCGCGGGCGACUGCAGAGAGAGUCGACGCCGUGUUCGCCACGCAGCUGAGGCAACACCAGAAAGCCUACCGCGCCGUCUUUGAGGAGGCCGACGACUUCCCGCUCGCGGCGGGAGGGUCGGCGGGCGAAGCUAGCGAGGCAGUGCAGAAGGCGAAGGCACACCGACUGCGACUUGAGGAGGCAGACCGGCAGCGUUUCGACCUCAAGGAAGAAGAGAAGGAGAAACAAAUCCAGGCGAUCGAGGCGCGACUCGCUGAGAUUCGCGAUAACCGCAACGAAGCUCUCAGGUGUAUCGCCGAUCUGGAAGUUGAAGUCACCGAACGGUACCUCAUCAAAGCCUCCGACGGUUCUGGGAGGCUCAUGGAGGAUGAGGCUUUCGAAGAUUCUGCGACCAUCGCAGCAGAAGCCAAGCGUCUCAGCCAGCUGCAAAAGAACAUUUUAGAGUUCGCCAAGAAGCAGCUGGUCGCCGCGCGGAAUGCAGGAAAACCGCGAGGAAAAAACUCCCAUCUGCCUCCGUUAGGCGGCUGGGCCAAGGAGGCCAAGCGGCUGCUUCAAAUCGCGGACGAAGACCGCCAGGAGAUUCGGGCAGACUACGAGAAGAAAUUGAAGCAGCGAAGCCGCGCCGAGAACAGCGCCGCCUCGACUGCUCCGUCGCCGACUGCUUGGGGCUCCGAGGACACUGACAAAAUUGUGAAUGCCCUCCUGCUCAAAAUCCGUGAAAAGCGCCAAGAAGUCCGCAAUUCCCUCUUCUUCCUAGACGACAUUGUCGACGUGAUUUGCGAUGCCAAGCUGUCAACAAGUGAAAGUGUGCAGAUCGACGCCCUAUAUGACAGGGCGACACGCGAAGUAGAAGAAGAAUUCGAAAGAGAGAUGAAGCAGCUGCAAGAGGAGUUCGAAUCCGACGCGCGACGGCUCGAGGCUGAGCUGGCCGAGGAGCGGUCGCGCAUUGGACGAACGGAGGAGAUGGAGCGGAGCCGGCUGGAAGUCGAGCGGCGACUCAAGAAGGCGACAGCGACUUCUGAUGAGGAGAUAGAGGCCGUCCGGCGCGACUUCGACGAGAGAAUUGACAGGGUUCAGAGGGAGUUUGAGAGCGAGAGAGAGGCGCAAGAGCGGGCCUUCCAGGAGAAACUGGCGCGGCGGCGAGAACUGUUCAACAGACGGAAACAGAAGCUCGCCGAGAAGGCGCAGGCAGAAGAAGCGCGGGUUCAAGAAGAUCGCCGGAGAAAAAAGACCGUGGCCGAGAGACAGAGAAGCGAAGCGACCUUCGAGUGCCUCCUCGACGAAGCGAGGUCGCAUCCGACCAGCGACACGAUAGAGCAGCUGCACAAAUUCAUGGCCGCGCAACUCAGCGAGGCCGUCAACGCCACGGUGUUGCAACAACUCUCAGAGAAAUCUUCGCGACUCACGGCGGUGGCCGCGGAGAUGCGCAGCAAACAUGCAGACGAACGCAGUGCGACGGAGGCGAAGCUCGACCGCCAAAUCGCCGCUGCGGAGAAGAUGGCCUCGGCGUCCGACGCGAGCUCCCCGCACCUUUUGGAAGAAAUCGAGGACCUGAAGCGGAUGAAGGAAGAGAAGCUGCGCGAACUGGACGCGACUUUCAAGCUCAAAGUCGACUCGGCCUUGCAGAUCGAGCGCCUUGCCAUUGAACCAGUGCAAGCAGAGCGCGUCUUCGCCCUUCAACAAGAACACCUAAAAAACAUCGUCAAGGUCCUCAGCGAGUUCGUCGCCCUAGGCGAGGAGACAGCUGUGGGCUUGACCCAGCAGGCUAAGCAGGCUCAGACGCGCAUCGAGCUGGAAAGAGCGCGGAUGAAAGAAAUUGCCGGCAUGAAGGUUCUGGACCUGGACAAGAUCUUAAAGGAGAAAGAAGCCGAGCUGAAGAAGCAAAUGGAGGCGAACAUCGCGGCGUUGCGGGAAAAGUUGAAGGCGCAACAGGAGCGAGAAGAACAGCUGCAGAGAGAGGCGCACGAAGCGGAAAUGAAGAAGCGGAAGGAGGAACAACGCGCUCGACAGCUGAAACAGCUGCGGCGCAUGAUCAACUGCGCAAAGGCAGACGACCCAGAGGCUGCCGAUGACAUCUUCAAAAAGUACCAGGAUGACGCAGAGCGCCUCGAGGCUGCACUGGCGAAGGAGCGAGCGAGACAGCACAUGAUUCUGCAGUCGCAGCUUCACCAAAAGGUCAACAGAAAGGAAUUGCAGCUCAGACAAGAAGGCGAGGGUCAGAUGUCGGAGGAGCGGGCGCGUCUGAAGAAGACGAGGGACUUGGCGGCAGUGACACAAGAGACGGGCGACGCGGCCACGGACGCGGAAGAACUCGACGAACAGGAAAUGUGGAAGUAUUUCUUCACGGUUCGGGUGGCUGAAGAAGUGGCUAAGAAGGCGAAAAGGAUUCAGGAACUCUUGCGCGCCGCUCUUAGACAGCUCACCUCUGGCCCGCCGAAAGAGGAAGGUGAAGAGGUCAAAGCCUUCGCCACUCCGGAGAGUAUCGAAAACCUACUUGACAAGCUUUCGAGAUUGACGGAGGCACUCGUAGUCCCCGAGGACGACGAGGACGAGGAGUGA